AUGCCAAUCCAGAUUCUGAUGCCGGCCCUCUCGCCGACGAUGACCGAGGGCAAUGUCGCGAGCUGGCUCAAGAGCGAGGGGGAUGAGGUCGCCGCCGGCGAUAUCCUGUGCGAGAUCGAAACCGACAAGGCGACGAUGGAGGUGGAGGCGACCGACGAGGGCACCCUCGGCAGGAUCGUGGUGCCGGCCGGCACCGAGGGGGUGGCUGUAAAUGCGGUCAUCGGCUUGAUCCUGGAGGAGGGCGAGGAUGCAUCGGCCCUCGACGGCGUAGAGAUCCGCCGCUCCUGCCGCAGCGGCGCCCGCAGCCGCGCCGGCUGA